UAGACAUUACCGGAUGUUUAUACCUGCUGAUUUUCAAAGUGUGCUGAUGCUGGGGAUUUUUUUUAAAAUGACUGAUUUAGCUGACAAUUACUCAGACAAGGCGAGCAAUAAUGAAUUGCUUGAAAAGGCAAAAAAUGAAUUCAAUCGGGAAAAAAGACUUAUGAUCAAAAACUUGCCUUCCAAUACGUUGGAGAAGGUAUGUUCUACUCAGGAAUGCGAGGAUAAUGAGGGGUGAAGCAAUGCGGACAGGAGGCUACAAGGAGCUGUGGAGCAGUAGUGACGGGAUAUUCGUGCAUUUAUGGGCUUCAAUGGAGAGUUUCCCGUGGAGUCGGUACAGAUGGUCAAAAAUUUCAACCAAGCUAUAGUAACAUUGAAAGAUCCGUCCCUGGUAGAUGAGGCCAUUUCUAAGUUGGAUAGUACGAAGCUGGAUACCCUGACAGUGUCUGUGUCCGUGUAUAGGAGUGAGAAGAUUUUAUGUAUAGCACAGUUACCGUUGUCUAUGACAGAAUAUAAGUUCCGGGAACUGGUUACCGAACAUGGAAACAUUGAUAUGUGCUUUCUUAUGAGAUCAGAGGAGACAGGAGAAAGUAAGGGGUAUGGUUUUGUUGAGUUCAAUGAGCCGAUAGAGAAAGUAGGUAAAAUAAAAUGUUCCCUAGACUGGUCUAACAUUGAUGGUCAGACAGUACAUUGUGAUGCUAUAGUAGACAGUUCACAGUCUGGAAUCACAUUCCAGGAUUUGCAUUCAAAAUGUCUGAUAAUAGACAACCUACCAAAAGACUACUGUGAUUCUAUUGCAUUGAGACAGGUAUUCAGUGAAUUUGUGAAACCUGUGUAUUGUCAGAUUGUAACAAAGGAGGGAGAGUCACUAGGAUUCGGUAUCCUGGAAUACGAGAAUGCUGAUGAUGCUGAAAGAUCGUUCAAUCAGUUUAAUAAACACAAAAUUAACGAUGUCCCGAUGAAUAUCUCAUAUUGUAUACCAGGGAAAUCUGCUAUACAUAUGUUCAACAGAAUUAUGUUUAAAUAUGGUGACAAAGUACAUAUAAACAGAGCCAGCCUUCUUCCAGACCCGGUCUAUCCUAAUCCUGCCUUUCUUAAACAUGUCUUCUUUAAAACCCACGUUGCCAAACAUCCUAGAUUAUUGGUCCAGUUUACAGAAAAUUUGUUACAUUUACAAGAAGGCUAUGUUAAACAGCUUGAGGAUAGAACCAAUGCUAAACCAGGUAUUUUAGGACCAGCUCCAACCAUUCCAAUGUCACCGUUGAUGGAUAUCAACCUUCAGUUAGGUCUCCUAUCUGUGAUAGUACUUGAUAUGAGAGAAAAAGGCACUUACAAUGGAGAGGUACCAGAGCCUCUUGGGAAAGUCAAGAUUCCAACAGAUGAAGAAUUUCAGGAAAAACCGCAGCCCGUAUCUCUGCUUGGUGACCCAAUGACAGCCCAGGCAAACAUCAUAUUGAAGAAUCUACUGAUGCCCCAGGAUAAGUCAGAGUUUCACAGAUCAGUAACUGACGUAGAUGCUCCUAAACUACUUGAGAAAUCUGUAUAUGAAUUGAACAUGGUCUAUUUAUGCAGUCUUGGCAGACUUAUGGCCAUGUUGUCAGAAAAGACUCAAUCCAGGGGAAUUUUAGGUAGUGCUCCAACUGGCCCACCGAAGCCUUUAAUGGAAGGUUUGGUACAGGCAGGUAAAGUGGCUCAGAAGCUCCUUAACAACAUGGGAAUGGGUCAACAGAACCCGCAAAACAGAAUGGUCAGAAACCCUCGCGAACCAAACCAGCAAGGUCUCCUUGGCAAUGCUCCAAAUAUGAACACAAAUACCAAUAAAGCUGCAUCUAACUUUAUGAACACUAUACAGCAGUUGGCUAUGCAGAAAAUGGCACAAGGAGGCAACAAGCAAGACCUUAAUUCACUGUUUGGGAAUACAGGAAAUAUGAACAAUAAUAGUAACUCUGGAGAUGGACUUCUUGGCAGUUACAAAGGUCAAGGUCAAGGUCGGCUGCCAAGUUUGCUAGAGAACCAGGUACCAGCUCAGACUCAACAAGGGAACCAGCCACAAUCUUUACUGUCCUUAAACUUUAACAAUAAAGGAGAUGGCUUAAUACCUACACCUAAAAUGGAGGAAGAGACAGGGUUGGGUUUCUAUGGAAACCAAGGUGGGAGUUACGAUGACUCAGGAUAUCAGGGUGGUUGUGAUGAAACAGAAUAUAAUGAAGCAUAUGGUGAAGCAUUUAGUAACAAUGAUGAUAGAAACAGUGGUUGCUAUGGUAAUCUAAUGGGACAGAAGUUUUCAGCCAGAAAAUUGAUGGACAUUGAAUUUGAUGCAACUUCAAACUCCAAUAGAUUUGAUGGAGCUUAUUUUUCUGGUAUAAAUGCUAGGCAGAAGUCUGGUCUGGCUCCCAGCAUGAAUAGACAGAUCUCACAGCCAGAGAAAAGAGACGGGCAUUACAACGAUAUAGCCGAACAGGCGGCAUUCUAUGCUGCUGGUGCUGCCGCGGCAUAUAAACAACAGUAUGAAGAGUGGGUACAGUCUGGUUAUAAUGGUAACUAUGGCAACAGUACUGCCGGCUAUGAUACAGAUAAUAAUGCUUUUAACAUGAAUGGCGGACAAGGCAACUUUGAACAGGAUAUUUCAUAUGGAAAUCAACAAACUGCACCGUAUGGAAACAUUGAUGGAGGAAUUAGACAAAUGGGUAACUCUUCUAUGACAAGUCUUCUGGGCUCAUUUAAUAACGCUCGCCAGCUUGGUAUGUCAAAUAAUACUCAAAGGACGGAUUUUCCUGCCAGAUCAGGAGCAACUAAUUUGGCUGGUUCCCUUGGACGAGAUGUUACCAUGCAGUCAAACUUCGCUGGUUCCUUUGGCAGAGAUGGGAGUCGUACCCCAGGAGGAGGAGCUAGGUCAGGAAUGAGAAGUCUGAUGGGGCCGCCUUCAAUUCCUUCAUUAUUUUCAGCAAGUGGUGCUGGAACAACACAAUCUAAUCUUGCCACUCCACAAGGCCAGAAAAGGCCGUUUUCCCACGUAUUGCCGUCACCGGAGCCGAGUCCAGAAGGAGAUUAUAUAGGUCAACAUUCACAGGGUUUAGGUGGACAUUAUGCUGACACUUACACAAAACGACAAAAAUUGACUGGAAGAUUCUAGGGAAAAAACAACACUUAUCAUAAUUGAAAAAGGAUAUAUUUGUGAGAGAAAUGCAUCGUUAGAUAUUUAUACGAAAAACAAACCACUUGCAACAAAACAAAGGUUGAAAAUAUUGAAACAAAAUGCACCUAAGAUCAAUGCAUCUCUAAAAUGGUUUUGGAAAUAUAUUGUAUAAAUGAGAAAUGCUAUGUGCAUAAGUAGUAUCAAUUCAUGUGGGUUUAGUUGUGUUAUACGUAAAUUGCAUUGACUAUUUCAGUAAGUGGUACAUGCUCACUAGAAAUGCAUGCUAUUGGUUGUUAACAAUGUUAUACUUGUUGUUAUUUUAGAUAUUUAUACGAGUUGAGAUUAUAUUGAUUAAUUUGUGCGGCCUUUGUAGCUGAGUGGUUAGAGUGGCUGAAUUCAAGCCACUUGCUCCUCAUCGUUAGGGGUUUGAACCACACCAAAGACUUGCAACUCUUUUAUGUGAGGAAGCUAUCCAGCUGUCUUCAGGAUAGUUAGUGGAUAGUGGUUUGUUCUGAGGUGUCUUCUGUUGUCCGAAGUAUUGCAGUGAGUGGCACCUCGAGUUCUUCCUCUGUCAGUUAAGCUGGAAUGUUGCCGUAUGGUCUUAACAGAAACUUAACAACAAAACAAAUUGUAAGAUAUGGCUUCUAAUAGCUUAUUAGAUGAUAGUGUUGUAUUUUGUUUAUCUGUACAUAGAAUAGAAACUUAUUGUGCUACGAGUCAAAUCUUGCCAUGCGCUGCCUUCUACCUUUAUCAUAAUAAUGUGAUGAAUUGAACUUGUUGCUGAUGUUUGGAAAUAUCCAUAGUAAUUUAUAUGGAUUCCAAUAUCAAACUUUAUAGAAUAGUGUUUACAGCAAACAUUGUAAAAGUUUGGUCAGACUACAUAAGUGUUCUGGCUGACGAUGGUCAGAUGCCUGUAUUUGAGUGGCUUGGGAAAGUAAAGAUUUUUUUUUUUUUUGAUUAUAGUUAUUUUAGGUUUAAUUGUUUUUGAUAUUGUUACAUAUUUAUUAACUGUUGCAACAGAAUUAAUUAUGAUUCUUGCAUUUUAAGAAUGCGUCUCUAUGACUUGCCCACUGUUUUUUCUGACUUCCUUUCCCCAUUUCUAUUUCAUGUCCAUCUAUCUUCUAUUAGUUCUUUUAAAACUAUUUCUGUCUCGUAAUUUUAAUAACUUGUCCUUUAGUGUGCAUUUUUGCCUUUAUUGAUAUUUUAAAACAAAUAUGUAUUAUAAAUGAAUGUCAUAGAAAGUCCACCUUAGUUAAGCUUAUGCAUGAUUGUAAUAAGAGGUCCAAAGGGCCAUAACUCUUAUUUAGUUUUUUUUUUUUACAACCAUGUUUUUUUUUUAAAAGUAAAAUGUGAUUCACCUAAUCUUUGACCAUGUGAUUAAUAAGAGUGAGUGAUGAUUUACAGAGAAAUGAAAAAGAUUAAUCCUUAACCUGCUGGAACCAGUUCUAGCCUGGAACCAGUUUUAGCCAGUCGGUGCCGUCUGCUCUAUACUGAUGGUAGCUCGAUUAUGAAAUCCCUUAAAAUUCUGAUGGACUGUUCCAAGUUCAAAGCAGAGCAAGUCCCAUUUCGUAAAUCCAGCAGGUUUAAGGUUAAAUAAGUCUAGUUUUUGAGGUGUCAGUCAUGUAUGUGAUGAGCUUUGUAGUAUUUUUUUUUUUUGGUUUUAAGUCUAUUUAUGAAGUAAAUGGCAAUUUGUGUAAGAUUCUAUUUAUUUAUAUCAAAUUCUGUUACCGGUACAAACCAACCCAGAAAUGGUUAAGAUAAUGCAAAAAGUUUAUUGUGACAUGCAUUUUUAAAGUCCUAUAUAUAUAUUUAAUUACAGUUUUUACAUUAACAACAGUUAUAGUUGUUACAUCAUGCUUCUUAUUAAAUAUAAAUUAUAUAAAUUAUUUGAGUAUGAACUUGUGUUGAAAACACUGAUGUCAUGGGACUAAUAUUUAUAAUUCAAUUAUCUUUAGAAUUAAAUUAUUGUUCUGAUUUUGCAAAGUUUAUAGAUCUAUGAAACAUGGCCUAUAUGUAUAUUAUUCAAUUUUUACUGGAUGAUUAUAGUUUCUAUUUUAUAGAAUAAUAUAAUACUGUAGUAUUUUGCUCGCAUUUAUUAAAAUAUGUCUUAAAGUAAGAGAUAUGUUUAUUAUCCUACAGCUGAAUUAAAGAUUUUAAACUAUAA